CGUGCCGAGUCAACAACGCCACACAGGAGUUGGUAUGGCCGUCUCAAUCCUCAAUAUGACUUCAAACCCCAAUAUUUUACUCGGAUAUCCUUUUUCAAUCCCUGCACCAAGGCCGGCAUUCCCUUUAUAACCAACUCCCCAUUUCAUUCCCAACACACCUAAUCCAUCCCAAAUUCAUCCACUAUAUCGAAAUUAUAGUACAAAAUAGUUCAGAGUAGGAAAAAAGUUGGCGAAUUUAUAUAGAAUUUUGCAGGUGGAGAUGAGUAGCAUGAAUUUGCAGAUUGCAGUAGUGCUACUGGCAGUUGUUGUGCCCUUGGCUAGCGCAACAACCUACACCGUUGGCGACAGUGGCGGGUGGGAAACUGGCGUAAACUAUGUUAAUUGGGUCUCCGGCAAAACAUUCGUCGUGGGUGACAUAUUGUCGUUCACUUAUACAAACCAACAUAGUGUUGUAGAGGUGAGCAAGAGCGAUUAUAGUUCGUGCAGUACAUCGAAUCCAAUUGCGACAAAUAGCGCGAGCCCAACGAGUGUAACAUUGAACAAGACUGGUGAAUUGUUUUUCGUGUGUGGGACGCCAGGGCACUGCUCUCAGGGGAUGAAAUUAGACCUCAAUGUUUCAGCCGCAGGUACCACCGCCUCACCUCCGCCACCUGGCGCCACCACUGCCUCACCGCCGCCACCCGGUUCCACCACUUCUUCGCCGCCGCCGCCUCGCAACGCCGCUGGAGAUCUGCACGUGCGGAGGAUGGAUGUGGUAAUGGCUUUCGCAUUUUGUCUUGUGGCGGUUUUGCUGUGGCAGUGACAAAUUGCCAAGGAAGUGGCAGUGCAUGGAGAAUUAUAUUUGGAGUGUUGUUUAGAUGUGUAUUUUCGUUUGUUUUGGUGCGUUAAUAAGGUACUAGUCUGUCUCAUAUGCUUUAUUUGGGGACCAUUUGUUACAAAUUACUUUUUAUUUAUAUAAUAUAGACUUUUAUAAUACAGUUUAUUUA